AUGGGGGCAUUAUUGUUUUGGUUCGUUGUUCUCUUGGCCUUUGGCUUUCAACAGAUUACCUCCCUCGCAACAAAUCUAUGGAUCAAGAAGUGGGCGCUCGAGUUUGACAAGUUAAACCAAUUACCACCAUCUGAACAAGUCCCAGGGGCAGUAAACUCUAAACACUACCUUGCUGUUUAUGCUCUUAUCUGUCUUUCCUUUCUUCUCGUUUCCUUUCUCCGUGACAUGACAACUUUCGCCGGCGCACUAAAGGCUUCCACCGAGAUCUUUGAUGAUCUACUUAAUUCCAUUCUCCAUGCCAGUCUUAUUUUCUUCGACAAGGUUCCGUUUGGACAGAUAACAAAUCGCUUUUUCAGAGACAUGAGUACAAUUGAUCAGGAGGUUACGGUUCAUUCAAUGAGCACACUCUAUACUUUUUGCUCUCUUGCCACGGUUCUCAUUCUGAUAUCUGCUAUGUUGCCUGUGUUUCUCCCAGUCGCCGCAGUUAUCUACUGUGCUUAUUACGUUAUUACAAACGUGUAUAUAAACAGUGCUCGGGACCUCAAAAGAAUGGAAUCCGUUCAACAGUCUCCUCUUUAUCAACAUUUUGGAGAGGCUCUUAGUGGAUCCAUCAGCGUUCGUGCUUACGGACAAGUGAAGAAAUUUACCGAGGAAAACCAUGGUCUGAUUGAUGGUUUCAAUCGACCAUAUGUUGUACUAUGGGCUGUCAAAGAAUGGUUAACUGUUCGUGUGGCAUGCCUUAGUGCAUUCAUCUCGUGGCUCACGGGUAUCUUUUUGCUCUGGCGUGUGGAUACAGGAGAUAUCGAUCUAGUAACGGCCGGUCUGGUGCUAACCUACGCAGCAACUUUCACAGAAAAUGUGCUUUGUCUAGUUCAGCUUUAUGCUAUCGUUCAGCAAAGCUUCAAUUCAGUGGAUAGAGUUCUUGAAUACACUGAAUUACCAUCGGAGCCCAGCGAGCCAAUCGAGCAAACACCAUACGACCUUUCACCCCAGUGGCCCGUGCGCGGCUCAGUGCGGUUUGAAAAGUAUACAACUCGCUAUUCACCGGAGCUUGAUCCUGUUUUGUCGGAAAUCACCUUUGACGUUCCGGCUAAAAGUCGGGUAGCGGUGGUUGGGCGGACAGGUGCUGGCAAGAGCACAUUAGCUUUGGCACUUAUUCGAGCUCUUGAGGCAGAUUCUGGGCAGAUCAUAAUUGAUGUGGUACCGCAAGACCCAACCCUCUUCAAUGGAACUGUGGGAGACAACCUCGACCCGUUACAUCAACGCUCGGACAACGAUAUCAGGGAUCUACUGGAGGAGCUUGACUUUUUCAGAUCUUUACCUGCCGAAAUUCUCGACAAUGGGGCAGUCGCCUUAUCUUUAGGACAACGUCAACUCGUUUGUCUAGCUAGGGCACUUCUACGCCGGCCGCGAGUGCUGAUCUUGGACGAGGCUACAGCAUCGAUAGAUCAUGCCACAGAUGCAUUGAUUCAGAAGGCACUAAUGUGCUCCGUUUCCAAUGGGACCACUAUUCUGACUAUAGCGCAUUGGCUCCUAUCAAUUGCAGACUACGAUUGGCUGGUUGUGAUGGAUGCAGGUAAGGUCGUGGAGCAAGGACCGGCGGCGGGCCUUCUUCGCCGCCGAGGUGAAAAUGCAUUUUUCCGCCAACUGUGCGAACAGUCUGGUGAGCUGGCCCAAAUUGAACAGGCAGCUGGUGUUGAAAGUUUUCCUAGAUAG